AUGGCGGCGACCUCGCCGACGCCGACGAGGCCUGCAGCCGCCGCGCACGCCCGAGUCCCGUCCGCGGGGCCCAGCCGUGUCUCCUUGACCUCCUGCCGCUGCCACCGCCACCGCUCUACUCCGCCUCGGUGGAGGAGUCUCCCACGAUGCAGUCGCGGUGGUGGGAAGCCGGUCAUCACAGACGUCGUCGACGAGGCGGCACCCAAUAAGGGGCCAGAGACUGAGACUGAGAGUAAGGGUGGCGAAGAGAAGGAGGCCGUCGCGGGGCGCGGGGCGCCUGGGUGGCUCUGGCUCAGGCUUGACGGAGUUGCAGCUGACAUCCUCGCCAUCGCCGCGCCCGCCGUGCUCGCGCUUGCCGCAGACCCCAUCACGGCGCUCGUCGACACCGCCUUCGUCGGACAUAUCGGUUCGGCUCAGCUUGCGGCUGUUGGUGCGUCGACUUCCAUAUUCAAUUUGGUAUCCAAGCUGUUUAAUGUGCCGCUACUUAAUGUCACCACAUCAUUUGUUGCUGAGCAGCAGGCAAAGGAUGGCAAUUCUAACACCGCAGGGGAAAGAGAUGAAUUGUUGACGCCAAUAGAGAAGGCAAGGCGACAAAAGAAGGUUCUUCCAGCGGUGUCAACGUCCUUGGCUCUAGCUGCUGGCAUUGGACUGUUGGAAAUGGUAGCUCUGAUUGUUGGAUCUGGGACCCUGAUAAACAUCAUUGGUAUACCUGUCGAUUCACCUAUGCGAGCACCAGCAGAACAGUUUCUUACACUGAGGGCACUUGGUGCUCCACCAAUCAUAGUGGCACUUGCAGCUCAGGGUGCAUUUCGUGGAUUCCUGGAUACGAGGACACCGUUGUAUGCUGUGGGUGCUGGCAACCUAUUAAAUGCAGUACUUGAUGCAUUACUUAUUUUUCCACUUGGUCUAGGAGUAAGCGGUGCCGCACUGGCCACUGUGUCCUCUGAGUACUUGACAGCAUUCAUCCUCCUUUGGAAGCUGAAUAAAGAAGUAGAUCUGUUCUCAUGGAAUAUAAUUGAGGAUGGAGUCAUCCGCUACCUGAAAUCUGGUGGUCUACUAAUUGGCAGGACAAUUGCAGUAUUCUUGACACUGACACUAUCUACAUCCCUGGCUGCAAGGGAAGGGCCCGUUCCAAUGGCGGGCUAUGAGAUAUGCUUGCAAGUGUGGUUAACAAUUUCUCUGCUCAAUGAUGCUCUAGCCCUUGCUGGCCAGGCUCUACUAGCUAGCGAAUAUGCAAGAGGGAACUACAAGCAAGCCCGCACGGUUUUAUACAGAGUCCUGCAGGUUGGAGAUGAUCCAGCAGUUUUAGACACAUUGCGCUCUGAAGUCUGGUUUGUCACUAUUUCUCAGCCGGUGAAUGCUAUUGCAUUUGUGGCUGAUGGGCUCUACUAUGGUGUUUGUGACUUUGCCUAUGCUGCAUAUUCCACGUUUUUUGCGGGGGCAGUCUCAUCAAUAUUUCUACUAGUAGCUGCUCCUAAGUUUGGUCUGGGUGGCAUAUGGGCUGGUCUUACUCUGUUCAUGAGUUUGCGUGCAGUUGCUGGAUUCUGGAGGUUAGGGAGCAAAGGUGGACCUUGGGAGAUUAUCUGGUCAGAUAGGGUGGACACCUCCACCAUCCUCGCCGAAGCCUCCAAGUCCGUCGCCGACAUCAUCGGCAAGCCAGAGGCCUACGUGAUGGUUGUUCUCAAGGGUUCGGUGCCUAUGGCAUUUGGAGGUACCCAGGAGCCUGCAGCUUACGGUGAGAUUGUUUCCAUUGGAGGCCUGAACCCUAAUGUGAAUAAGAAGCUUAGUGCUGGCAUUGCUUCUAUCCUGGAGUCAAAGCUGUCCGUUCUCAAGUCGCGCUUCUACCUCAAGUUCAAUGACUCAAAGGGCUCGGACUUUGGUUGGAACGGCUCCACCUUCUAG